UACAAACCUGAAGUGGAUAUAUAUACCUCAUCAGGACACAUGACUUGGAUAACCCUAAAUCCACAACGGCCAGAGUUUUUAAUGUGUUUAUAAUUUUCUAUUAAAAGUUGGGGUAUGAAGUAAUUUGAAAAUGACAUUUUUCAAAGCAUUUUCCAUGGGACCAUGAGCUUUUGAUUAGACUACCCAGGUCUUAGAUACGGAUCAUAUCCAGCGGUUCAAUCUAGCAGCCCAGAAUAUAUACUUGAAGUGGAUAUAUGUACACCAUCAUGCCAUAUGACAGUUUCAGCACAUAACCAUAAAUCUCCAAAUGAUUGGAAUUUUACACACGACUCAGGUGUGCUGGUAAUAUGUCCUAUUGGCUCCUCUAAAAAGGGGAACUUGCUCCUCGCUUACUGAAACAAACAUCAUUUCUUAUCUCAUUUGGCUGUUUUCCGUUGGCAGGCACUCACAACCAGUCCAACUGUCCAAGAAUAGCUCUGAAACCGAACCCUUUCCGUUUCACGAUACCUCCUCUACCCGUGUCUCACACACAGAAAUCUGUUAACUGAUUGACCCAAGAGAGUCUCAAACACAAAAAGAGGCCACACCAUCACGUGGACGCACUCACAUUAUACGUGUGGGUUUGCCUCUGGCUUCCUUGAUGCGUAGACCAAACUUCGGUGCACGAAACGCCUAGCUCUAGCUUGGCCGUAUUAAGCGGGGGGCAAUCGAGGAGGUGAGUUGGCUUGGAAGAAUCAACGAGAUCGGUCCCUCAAGUCACUACUUGAGCAGCCCAAGCAACCGGAACCUCUGCCCCGCUCCUCCAAGCAAGCCAUGCAGUUAGGCCAAGCUAAGUAGCUAGCCAGACUCUGGCUAAUUCCUCCAUGCCCUCUCCUCCACCCACCUCUCCGUCGCCCCCUCCGGCAGUCUCUGACCUCCGCCGCCACCGAUGUCGCUGUCGCCAACGUGCGCGGCAGAGGCCGGGCUGGUGGCCAUGGACUGCGUGGUGGUGUGCUGCUGCUGCCCGUGCCUGGUGCUGCAGAUCACCGUGUUCCUCUUCGUCCGGCUGCCCAGGAAGGUGGUGGUCAAGUCCAAGAGGAUCAUCCUCAGGAGAUGGCACAAGAGGAGAUCGUCAGCCGCGGCGAAGAGGGGUCGCUCCCGAAGCGUCUCGUCGUCUGGCAUGAGGAGCCUCCAGGAGCUACUGGACGGCGAUUUUGAAGCCACGUUCAGGAAUUUCCACGGAGGGGAGUGCAGCGACAGCGACGAUAGCUGGAAAGAGAGGUGCUUCGCCAUGGACGACGAUGGCAGAGACGGCGGCGGCUGGAAAGAGAGAUGCUUCGCCGUCGACGACGACGACGGCGACGCCGUGUGGGAGGAGCUGGUGCAGCAGGAGGGGCUCUUCUGGUUCGGGAGCUUCUGGGGCCGGACCGAGCAGGGGGAUCCGGUGUCUGCGGAGGACAAGAUGUACGCAGGCCUGAGCUUGCCGGUUGUCCUAGAGAGAGUGUGCGACGACUAGGCAUCACGGCCGGCCGGUUCAAUCCGAUCGAGCUGCAGUUCCCAAAUGAGGUUUCUACUUUCCAGUAUGGAUUUUUAUCAUUUGGGUAUUGCGUUGCUUCUCGAGCUGUACAUAUUACGGUAUAUGUAUAUGAUGAGUGUACCAGAUUAAGGAACAAAACCUGGACAACACAGGUUAUUAACU